GAUGCUUUGCUUUUUCUUUCCACUCUACACUUUUACAAAAUGUCCAUCGCAAGAUGCCACUUGUUGCUGUUAUUACUUUCUACAUGGGAUUGCGUCGGAAUACAUGUGGUAAAUGGACUAGAAAACGGACUGGCACGAACGCCACCCAUGGGAUGGAUGCCAUUUGAGCGGUUUCGUUGCGUGACGGAUUGUGUCCGCUUUCCAAAAGAUUGUAUAAGUGAGAGGCUUAUAAGACGAACUGCCAAUCUUCUGGUUUCUGAGGGAUAUGCCGCUGCAGGAUAUCGAUAUUUAAUUAUUGACGACUGUUGGAUGGAAGCUUCUCGCGACAUGGCUACUCAUGAACUUCUACCAAGCGAGGAUCGGUUCCCAAGUGGCAUGCGGAAUCUUGGAAACUAUAUUCACAGCAAGGGGCUUCUUUUUGGAAUUUACCAUGAUCUUGGUGAAAGAACAUGUAUGUUUCAAGGCCCUGGGGCCGCCCGUCAUUUUAAUCUUGAUGCCCGAACCUUUGCUAACUGGGGCGUGGACUAUGUCAAGAUGGACGGAUGCUUUGCCAGUGAAUCGGAGUUGGAUCAGGGAUAUCCCGAAUUCGGUCGUGCUCUAAACCAUACGGGUCGUCCCAUGGUUUACUCAUGCAGUUGGCCUUAUUACAAGGCUCGGCCAGAUUUCAAAUUAAUAGCGCAGCACUGCAAUCUUUGGCGAUUUGCGCAAGAUAUUCAGGACUCUAUGGCUUCUGUAACUAACAUUAUGAUGCAAUACAGCAAAAAGCAAACUGAAUUGGCUGCACAUGCUGGUCCCGGUCGUUGGAACGAUCCAGAUAUGCUUGUGCUGGGUAAUUAUCAUCUGAGCUACGAUGCCAGCCGUUUGCAAUUGGCUAUAUGGUCAGUUAUUGCUGCUCCUUUGAUUAUGACAAACGAUUUGGAGAGCGUUCGACCGGAAAUUAAGAAUCUGCUUCUGAAUAGGGACAUUAUUGGCAUUAAUCAAGACCCUUUGGGUCAACCUGGCCAUAAAGUUUUAACGUCGCAUAAUAUACAGGUUUGGAUUCGACCCGUUACACCGGUGAGCAAUUUUGGUAAAAAAUCCUUUGCAAUAGCAUUUUUAAACCUGGGAGGUUUUGCCGAGUGCCCAUUGUGUCCGCAGGUCUACAAAGUUCAGCUAUACCGCCUAGGCCUUAACAGUCGAAGGGGAUAUAAUGUUAUGGACUUGUUUAACCGGAGCCACAAUUUUGGCUUGUAUAAGCCAAAAGAUUCCUUUAGUACGCGCAUCAACCCUGAGGGAGUGACGUUUUACAAGUUUUCAGUGUUGCCUCCCAAAGGCUAAGCUUUGAAACUACUUCUAAGCAUUUAAACAUUUGAAUUGAGGCUUUACGUCUUAAUAAAGGCUCAAAUUCAUAAA